AGGAGACGAUAGCUUCAAACUUGAAAUAUAAAGAUGCUAUCACGAACAAAGUUUUUAUUGUAAGAUAAGGAAGUUGGAAACUAAAUAAGGAUGUUAUCUAGUGCUGUCAAACAACAUCAAACUAAACAGCAUGCGAGGAGAGAACGACAAGAAAAGAGAAAAAAAGAGGCAAUAGUAGCAUCCACAGCCUUAACUCACGCCCUGGUGGAUCAUCUCAAUGGAGGAGUUGCUCAGGCCUAUGUAAAUCAGAAGAAGUUAGACACUGAAACCAAGAUUUUACAAGCUAAUGCAUCCCAGUUCUGUAGACAGACGGUACAGUGGGUAAAACUAGUCGAGGAUUUCAAUACAGCACUGAAGGAGCUGGGAGAUGUGGAAAACUGGGCCAAAAGUAUAGAGACUGACAUGAGAACUAUAUCUAGUGCUCUAGAGUAUGCAUAUACUAAAAGUGAAUAAAGUUUUAGUCAUGUUAGUGAAGGAAGAAAAAUAAAUGGCUUAUUCUGAUGUUACCAAUGAGAAAACCUCACUGCAACUUUAACGCAUAUCUAUCCAAAAGUGUGCAAUUAAAAUAUGUGUUUUCACAACUUCCUGACUUUUUAGCUAUAUGAGGUAUAUUUAUUCCCACAGAAAAAGUACAUGUAUUCUACAACAGGUAGAAAUUAACAUAAAGGUUCAGGUUUAUGUACGGUGUGUAUGUUAGCUUUGAAAUAUGAUAAGUUGUUGAUGUGUUUUGUAAUAUUAAUAAAUGUAUCUGUUAAGUGUU